AUGUGUUUUGGAAGGUGUGCUAGUUGUAUUGGUUAUAAGUUGCUCAUCCUUGCCUUGCUCAGCAUUGUGGCCAACAUUUUACUUUAUUUUCCCAAUGGCGAAACAAGAUUUGCUUCAGAGCAUCAUCUCGGCAAAUAUGUAGAGUGCCUUCAUGGCAUUCUAGGUGGAGGCUUUUUGGUACUCAUUCCAGCUGCAGUAUUCAUCGGGCUUCACAACGAUGACUGCUGUGGGUGCUUUGGCCAUGAGGACUGUGGGAAAAGCUGUGCUAUGCUGUCCUCAGUUCUGGCAGCCUUUGUUGGGAUCCUUGGCUCUGGAUACUGUAUAAUCAUUUCAGCACUGGGCUUGUCUCAUGGACCGUAUUGUUUUACUCACCUAGAAAGAAACUGGAUCUAUCCUUUCACUGAAUCCUCUGGAGGGUACUUGUUUGAGUAUAACAAGUGGUCUGAAUGCCAAGAACCUCAAAACAUCGUGCAGUGGAACGUCACCCUCUUUUCCAUCCUCCUUGUCUUGGGAGGAAUAGAGUUCAUUCUGUGCUUCAUACAGAUAAUCAACGGCAUUCUUGGAGGACUAUGCGGGUUGUGCUGCAGUCAUGAGGAGACAUACGUUUGUUAG